AUGCAAAGCUAAUGAGUGAGACAACUACCCUGAACACCCUCAGUCAGAGACAGACAAGAGAAAGAGAGCUUCAGAGAUGGCCUCCAGCUCCAAGCAGCAGCUGCAGGCUCCUGCUCUCCUCUUGGUGGCAUCAGCUCUGCUCAUCCUCGUCUGCGCUACAAGGGUCCAGGCAGCAAGGCCGGUACCAGGAUCCAAGGACCACAUGCCACAGUUCGCUGUCUCCGCGACCGUGGCUGGCGACGAGAAGAGUGGUUCGGUGCUCGGGAUGGAAAUGCAUCGAGCAGAGCCUGAGGCGACGGAGUGCGAGGGCGAGGAAGGGGAGGAGUGUCUCAUGAGGAGGACACUGGUCGCUCACACCGACUACAUCUACACCCAGGGGAAGCACAACUAGUCGCUAGUGUGCAGGCUCACGCCGAACAAUGAAGUUCAGAAGAAAAGAAUUUCGCAUGGUCCACGAGCUAGCUUAUCUGAAGCUCUGCAGUUCUGUCAGCUGUGGAUCAUGUGUUUUCAUAUACGUGCCCUAGACCCCUAGUAGCCCGUGCGAUUUCCAUCAGCUUCUCGAGCACAUGUACGGCCUGGAAUUGUAUCCAUCAUCUUGGCUUGAGAUGCUAAAUGGAAAUCCUAGGCUAUUAUACUGUACUCACUGUAAAUACUGAAUCACCAAGUGUAGUCCUGUGCUUCAGUUGCAAGAAACUCUGCUUGUUUCCAUUUUCUUUUCCCAGUCAAGAAUGGACGAAAAUCGUUGCUCCUUA